UAUAAAUAUUUCCGGCCGGGUUGCGGAGCGCGGGCUGUGCGUCGUAGCCGCAAUGUCGGGGUUUGCCUGGUAGCGCCCGAAAGCCCGGCGGAGUGGGCCGGCUCUGUGCUUUUGCAACCAGGAGUAGCUUCUAGGGCACCUGAAACCCGGGCGGCUUGGCGCGGCGGGGAGGCGGGUGCGUCCGCGCGGCAGAGCUGCUUUGCGGCCUGUUUGAUUCCCAGGAGAAGUUUUGCCUGUCCAGGUCACUAGUGACCAUGCAUGUCAAGUCCAUCGUUCUUGAAGGAUUUAAGUCCUACGCUCAGAGGACUGAAGUCAAUGGUUUUGAUCCCCUCUUCAAUGCCAUCACUGGUUUAAAUGGUAGUGGGAAAUCCAACAUAUUGGACUCCAUCUGCUUUUUGCUGGGCAUCUCCAACCUAUCUCAGGUUCGGGCUUCUAACUUACAAGAUUUAGUUUACAAAAACGGGCAGGCUGGUAUCACCAAAGCCUCAGUGUCAAUCACAUUUGAUAAUUCUGACAAAAAGCAAAGUCCUUUAGGAUUUGAGGUUCAUGAUGAAAUAACAGUAACAAGGCAGGUGGUUAUUGGUGGUAGAAAUAAAUAUUUAAUCAAUGGAGUAAAUGCAAACAAUUCCAGAGUACAAGAUCUCUUCUGUUCUGUUGGCCUUAAUGUAAACAACCCUCACUUUCUCAUCAUGCAGGGCCGAAUUACAAAAGUAUUGAAUAUGAAACCUCCAGAGAUUUUGUCCAUGAUAGAAGAAGCAGCUGGAACCAGGAUGUAUGAAUACAAAAAAAUAGCUGCCCAGAAAACUAUAGAAAAAAAAGAGGCUAAGCUGAAAGAAAUUAAGACGAUACUUGAAGAAGAGAUUACUCCAACCAUUCAAAAAUUAAAAGAGGAAAGAUCUUCUUACUUGGAGUACCAAAAAAUAAUGAGGGAAAUAGAACAUUUGAGUCGUUUAUAUAUUGCUUAUCAGUUUUUGCUGGCUGAAGAUACAAAAGAACGCUCAGCUGAGGAGUUAAAAGAAAUGCAAGAUAAAGUUGUAAAGCUUCAAGAAAAAUUGUCUGAGAAUGACAAAAAAAUAGAAGCACUUAGUCAUGAAAUAGAAGAGUUGGAAAAAGGAAAAGAUAAGGAAAUUGGAGGUAAACUCCGAUCUUUAGAAGAUGCUCUUGCAGAAGCUCAGCGAGUUAAUACUAAAUCUCAAAGUGCCUUUGAUCUCAAGAAGAAAAAUCUGGCAAGUGAAGAGAACAAACGCACAGAGCUAGAAAAAAAUAUGAUUGAGGAUUCUAGAACUUUAGCAGCAAAGGAAAAAGAGGUUAAAAAGAUAACAGAUGGGCUGAAUGCCCUUCAAGAAGCAAGUAAUAAAGAUGCUGAAGCUUUGGCUGCUGCACAGCAGCACUUCAAUGCUGUUUCCGCUGGAUUGUCUAGUAAUGAAGAUGGAGCAGAAGCAACUCUUGCUGGUCAAAUGAUGGCCUGUAAAAAUGACAUAAGUAAAGCUCAGACAGAAGCCAAACAGGCUCAGAUGAAGUUGAAACAUGCCCAACAAGAAUUAAAGACUAAACAGGCUGAAGUUAAGAAGAUGGAUAGUGGCUACAGGAAAGAUCAAGAAGCUUUAGAGGCUGUGAAGAAACUUAAAGAAAAACUAGAAGCCGAAAUGAAGAAGCUAAAUUAUGAAGAAAACAAGGAGGAAGGACUUCUGGAAAAGCACAGGCAGCUAUCUCGUGAUAUCAGUAGAUUGAAAGAAACAUAUGAAGCUCUCUUAGCCAGAUUUCCUAAUACUCAAUUUGCCUACAGAGAUCCAGAGAAGAACUGGAAUAGAAAUUGUGUGAAAGGACUUGUAGCUUCUCUGAUUAGUGUGAAAGAUACUUCUACAACCACAGCUUUAGAAUUAGUGGCUGGGGAACGGCUCUACAAUGUUGUAGUAGACACAGAGGUUACUGGAAAAAAGUUACUAGAAAAGGGGGAACUGAAACGUCGAUACACUAUAAUUCCACUCAAUAAAAUUUCAGCCAGAUGUAUUGCUCCAGAAACUCUGAGGGUUGCUCAGAAUCUUGUUGGUCCUAACAAUGUCCAUGUGGCUCUUUCCCUGGUUGAAUACAAACCAGAACUUCAGAAAGCAAUGGAAUUUGUCUUUGGAACAACAUUUGUUUGUAAUAAUAUGGAUAAUGCAAAAAAGGUGGCUUUCGAUAAAAGAAUAAUGACUAGAACUGUAACUCUAGGAGGUGAGGUGUUUGAUCCUCAGGGGACAUUGAGUGGAGGUGCUCGAUCCCAGGCAGCUUCUAUUUUAACCAAGUUUCAAGAACUGAAAAAUGUUCAAGAUGAGCUGAGAAUCAAGGAGAAUGAGCUACAGAGUCUAGAUGAGGAAUUAGCAGGUCUUAAAAACACAGCUGAAAAGUAUCGCCAACUAAAACAGCAGUGGGAAAUGAAAACUGAAGAGGCAGAUUUAUUACAAACCAAGCUCCAGCAAAGUUCAUAUCAUAAGCAACAAGAAGAAUUAGAUGCUCUUAAAAAAACCAUUGAGGAAAGUGAGGAGACCUUAAAAAACACCAAAGAAAUUCAGAAAAAAGCAGAAGAAAAAUAUGAGGUACUGGAGAAUAAAAUGAAAAAUGCAGAGGCUGAGAGAGACCGAGAACUGAAGGAUGCUCAGAAAAAACUGGAUUUUGCCAAAACAAAAGCAGAUGCUUCUAGUAAGAAAAUGAAAGAAAAACAACAGGAAGUUGAAGCUAUCACCCUGGAGCUGGAAGAGCUUAAGAGAGAGCACACAUCCUAUAAACAACAGCUUGAAGCUGUAAAUGAAGCUAUCAAAUCCUAUGAAGUACAGAUUGAAGCAAUGGCAGUAGAGGUGGCUAAAAAUAAGGAGUCUGUAAAUAAAGCUCAAGAAGAGGUGACCAAACAAAAAGAAGUGAUAAUAGCCCAAGACAAUGUAAUUAAAGCUAAGUAUGCCGAAGUAGCAGUACAUAAGGAACAAAACAAUGAUUCUCAGCUUAAAAUUAAGGAAUUGGACCACAACAUCAGCAAACAUAAACGGGAAGCUGAAGAUGCUGCUUCGAAGGUCUCCAAAAUGUUGAAAGACUAUGACUGGAUUAAUGCAGAGAAACACCUUUUUGGGCAACCUAAUAGCGCCUAUGAUUUUAAAACCAACAACCCAAAAGAAGCUGGACAGAGACUUCAGAAAUUGCAAGAAAUGAAGGAGAAACUGGGGAGAAAUGUCAACAUGAGAGCUAUGAAUGUUCUAACAGAAGCUGAAGAACGGUAUAAUGACCUGAUGAAGAAGAAAAGAAUUGUAGAAAAUGACAAAUCCAAAAUCCUUGCAACUAUAGAAGACCUUGACCAGAAGAAAAACCAAGCCCUAAAUAUUGCUUGGCAAAAGGUGAACAAGGACUUUGGGUCUAUUUUUUCUACUCUCUUGCCUGGUGCUAAUGCUAUGCUUGCACCACCAGAGGGCCAAACUGUAUUGGAUGGUCUGGAAUUCAAGGUUGCUUUAGGAAAUACUUGGAAAGAAAACCUAACAGAACUUAGUGGCGGUCAGAGGUCGUUAGUAGCUUUGUCAUUAAUAUUGUCCAUGCUCCUCUUCAAACCUGCGCCAAUUUAUAUCCUGGAUGAGGUAGAUGCAGCCUUGGACCUUUCUCACACCCAGAAUAUUGGACAGAUGCUGCGUACUCAUUUCACACAUUCUCAGUUCAUUGUCGUGUCACUAAAGGAGGGUAUGUUCAACAAUGCAAAUGUCCUUUUCAAAACCAAGUUUGUGGAUGGUGUUUCUACAGUAGCCAGAUUUACUCAGUGUCAAAAUGGAAAGAUUCCGAAGGAAACCACAUCCAAGGCAAAAGGACCCAAAUGAUCACAUCUGGAAGUUAAAAGUACAGAUUUACUCCUUCACCUUGACCGUUUUUUUUAAACAUAAAGAACUUGGGCUUAUUUAUGUAAAAAUGUAAUGUUUUGUUACUUAACCCAUAUUUUCUCUUCCUUUAUAUAAUCACUUCUAAAUGAGUAUAGAUUCCCCUUUUCUCAAUUAAUGUAACUGUGGUCCAAUUACUGUGAUUGUGAUUUUAUGCACGUCCUCAAAAUGCUUUUUCUUACACAAUUCUUUUAUAUAUGUUGGGGAGCCUGAGGUACCUGGUUGGUGGUAGAUUCUGUUUGCAAAAAUACAAAGAAACAGAUGAAAUUAAAUUAAUUAAUAAAUAUAGCUGAUAUAUAGGAUAAAUAUAGCUGAUAGUCAGCUUUUAAUUAGUUUAAUUCCUAAGGUGAUAUUAGUGUGUUUUCUGUUAAGAAAGUCAUUUAGGUAAGGAAGACUUAGAAAGUGAGCAUCUGGACCAACAAAGGGAACACAAAGGAAGCUGUUAGGCAUUCCCUGAGCUAUUUGUGGUUAGUUCUGUGAAGAUACAGUGCCAGAGCCCGGAUUUAGACUCAGUCAUGUUUGGAUAUCAUGUUUCUUUAUGCUUUGUAAUUGGUCUGUGCAAUCUGAAGGUUUUAAAAAGUAUUUAUAGAUUUUUAAUAGCCUAGGAGAAGGUGUGGUGCAUGCUGCUGUCCACAUUUAUCUGAAGUCUCUUCAUGUUUUCAGAGACUUUUGUCAGCCUUUUCAUAAUCCAGUCAGUAACAAUCUAUUAGUGAAUGAGAAUGUGAGAGUGAACAGACUAAACCACAUUUUUCUUUGAAUCAGAUACAUAACUAGAUCCAUCUAUUUUACCAAAAGAACUCAAAAGAAGCACUGCCAACUGCUAAAAGAUUACUGUGUGUAAUUCCUAUUAUUUCUAAGUACAUCACCAGAAUAGUGUCUCCAAAUUUUGAAUCUUAAAAGCCCUCACAUGACCUAACCUGUCUGAUCUUGAGUUUGUUAUUUGGGCCCCACAUCCCUUCUUAAUCCUUAAGUCUUAGUUCCUUUAUAUUAUCCUUUCCCUAAUAUAUGCUUAUAGUUCUUGGCUUUAAGAUUUCUUAUCCUUCAUUCUGAUACAUAUCUGAGGAUGUCAGAUAACAUCCAGAUUAACUGAUAAAAUGGGGCAUAUCAGAAAGGAUUGAAUCUGGAAUUAGUUCAUGCCUGCUGUGGGAGGAGAGGGAGACAAAGCUGUAAAUGUUGAAUUACAGGAAGUAUAAUAUCACAUAUAUAAGAGGCAGGCAUGCGUUUUUUAUUUCAUUUCAAAUGCAUUGCAAAUUGUUUGCCAGGACAGCUCAGUCAGUUCACACUUUGAUAAAGUCGUAUACCUAUUGACCACAACCUAGUCAGCACUGGCUGUAAUUUUUCCUUCUGAUUUGCUAGUUGUAAAUGGCACUUCAUUGCUGUUUUAACUAGCACUUUAUAAAUAACUUGUGAGCUUGAGUAUUUUGCCAAAUGAAUUCAUUUUCUUUACUACAAAUUAUCUACUUGUUCCCCUAAUUUGUCAUAUAAUCUCACUCUUUGAUGAGAAUGCUCAAACAUAUUAAAUUUUUUGAGUCAUGUUGUUCGUAUUCUUUGAUUGGAAGAAAUGAAGGGGAAAUGGGCACAUUUAUUUCAUACAUGUGCAGUAAUAGGAGUAAUAUUUAUUACUAAGCUCUUUUAUACAUGAGAUGCUAUUCCCAUUUGCACAUGUUUUCACAUUUGAGGUAAGUACUUUUGAUCAGCAUCAUAUAUUUGAAGAAAUUGAAUUGAGCAGAAAAGUUAAGGAACUUGUCUUUAGUGACCAUACAGUUAAUAGAGAGGCAGAGCCAGGAUACCAAUCUUGGCAGUUGGUCUCCAGAAUCUAUGAUACAUUACCCUUCUGACAGUUUGAACAUUUGUAUUUAUUGUACAUAAUAAAUUUAAGACAUACCUGGAUGAGCAGUAUGCACAAUGUGAGAAAAUUAUUUUUAGGAAGAAUGUCAAACAUUUGCAAAGGAUUCCUCCCCUUUUUGCGGGGGCAUUUCAGGUACACUAAGAAGGCAAAAGCAAAACCUUGAGAAACCUCUUCCAAUAUGGUAAAGUAAUCAAAUAGGCCGACUACUCCCACAAUCAUGUAAUCUGCAAAUCAGGGCAGGUUUUCUUCCCUUUGGAUCUGUGUGUCUUUUAUUCCCCCCCCCCCUUUUUUUUUUAAACUACACUGGCUUGAAAUUCUAGCAUUGUGUUAUAUAAGAUUACUAAUGAGAGCUUGCAUAUUUGCCUUUUCCCCAGAAUUCCGAGGAAAGCAUUCAGUCUUUCACCAGCUAGGUAUUGUGUUAGCUAUAGGCUUUUAGUAUAUAUUCUUUAUCAAAGUAAAGAAGUUUCCUUCCAUUCCUACUUUGAUCAGUUUUAUCAUGUAUGGGUUAUUGAAUUUUGUUCAUUGCUUUGUCUGCAUUGAUUGAUAUCAUGUAACUUCCUUAACCUGUUAAUAUUAUGAAUUACAUUGCUUAAUUUUUUAAUAUUAAACCAGCCUGGUAUUCCUAGAUUAAACCCCAUAUGAUCAUGUCUAUAAUUCUUUUUAUGUACAGACACACUUCGUUUUAUUAUGCUUCAUGGAUAACUAUCUUUUUUUUCCCCUUUAAACAAAUUGAAGGUUUGUGGCAACGUUGCAGCAAGCAAGUCUUCCAGCACCAUUUUUUUCCAACAGCAUUUGUUCUGAGUCUGUCACAGUUUGGUAAUUUUUACAAUAGGUUCAAACUGUUUCAUUAUUGUUAUGAUGAUCUGUGAUGAGCUCACUGAAAGCUCAGAUAGAUGAUGGUUAGCAUUUUUUAGCAAUAAGGUAUUUUUUAAGGUAUAUACUUUCUUUUAGACGUAAUGCAGUCACAUACAUAAUAGACUACAGUAUAAAUAUAACUUUUAUAUGCACUGGAAAACCCAAAAUUUUGCUUUAUGAUACUUGAAUACCAGAAAUAUCUCCAGGGUAUGCCUAUUACAAGAUUCUGUUUGCUAAUACUUUGGUCAUGGAUUUUGGUUUUUGUUUUUUUUCUACUGGCUUUGUUUGGUUUUGAGGUAAUACUAGCUUUAUAAAAAUGGGAAAUGUUCCUUCUAUUUUUUGUAGGAUUAUAUAGAAUUUAUUAGUCCUUCUUUGAAUACUAGAAUUCUCCUGUGAAACUGUCUGGCCCUGGAGAUUAGGAGGGUAGGAUGGGGAGAAUGUAAAGUACACACAAUUUCUUCAAUAGUUAUGGGACCAUUUAAAUUAUCUGUUUUAUAAUGGGUGACUUGUGAUAGUUUCUAUUUUUUUUUUUUUUUGUGGAAUUGUUCUAGUUCAUCUAUAUUGUCAAAUUUGUCAUUUGUGUGUAAUACAUCUAGAAGAAAACAAAAUCUCUGUGACCUUAUAGGGAAAGAACACACACACACAUACACAAAAACAAAUAAAAAAAGGAACAUUAAAAUUUUAAAAAUAUCUUCAAAAGACUCUUAAGAAAAUGAAAAGACAAAGCACAGAAGUUAUUUGCAAUGUGCAGAACUGAUAGAAUUAUGUGCAGACUGAAAAGAAUUUGCAACUCCCAUGCUAACAUUUGCAUGAAGGGUGGGUGAAACUGCUGUCACCGUAGCAUAAACCAAGGUAGAGCAGCAUAGUGUAUUAGCAAUACUGAUUGAAUUUUUUAAUGACAAGCUCACUUUUAAAGAAUGUCUUGAUGAAGCUGUAAAAGUUAAUUUUUUAUCCCAUCCUCCGUCUUUCAUAAUCUGAUAAAAUGGGAAUUCUAUAAAAAGCAUUUCUGCAUACCAAAACAUGGUUAUUUUACAGAAAUGCAGUUCUUUCAGUCUGAAGUAACUGCUUCUUUUUUACUUGAAUAGAUGACUAAGACAAACUAUGGUUAUAAGUCUAUAGUAUUUGGUAGACAUUUCCUAAAAAUGAACAAAGAGAGCCUGUCCUAUUAACCUGACAUUUGUUGCAAAGAAUAAAACUGUAGCUUUCAAAUGAAAAUUAGAAUUUUGACAAACUUGUAUUUAUUUGUCAUUGUGAGCUGGACACUUUCUCAGGACAUCGUCUCAAUAAAGACUUUUCUGAUUAUA